CGCCGCUGCGGAGCCGCGGUCAUGUGCGCACGGCCUGCCGAUCGCGACGACGAGCUGGCCAGUAGUGCUUGCAGCCGCCUCGAGUGCGUCCGCCGGUCAGCCGCGAUGAUCGCGCCGCGCACAGCGGCGACGACAGCUUGAGUGAUCCGCGCGCCGCAGCCAGCGCCAUGAGGUCGUUUCGCCCGCGAGUGCCGCCAGGUGAAACUCGCUAAUGCAAUCGUCUUUCGAAAAGCCAAACUUCACGCCUCGUCCACGACAAGCUGCGCACUCGGCCGCUCGGUUGCGGCAAUCCCUCGACGAUGCGGCCCCCGACGCGGCUCGCGCUCGCCUCGGCCUGUCUGCUGCUGGCGCUGCUGUCAUCGGCCAGCGGAUACGUGAAUCAUAAGCCUUGCCCGAAGUAUGGUUGUCCGCUCGCAGCGCCCAUUCACGAGCAGUUUGUGCCAGCACCACCUGGUUACACUCCAAAAUGUGCCAAACCUGGACUGACCUUUUGCGAAUCCUUGGAUCGAUAUCCGCAGCAACUUAUCCAGUACCUGAUCGAGAAGCAGUCCGUGGAUUUGGAAAACUUUCUCCGAGACGAAUCCAGCGAGAAUUUCGACGCAUUCAGACGCGUGCCGAGCUACGAGGGCGCCGAGGAGCAGGCGGGCGAGGCGUACGAGGCGGGCUACGACUACCCCAGGCCGGAGGUGCCGCCGGCGGAGCUGUACCCGCAGUCGUCGCCGGCUCUGCACCUCGGCGUGCCGCCGAACGCCACCAACAACAGGUACCUGCCGGUGCCGGCGCACCCGGGCCGCCCUCUGCUGGCGCAGAGCCGCUCGGCGAGCGGCCGGCAGAGCCACGGCCACCACCACCACCAUCGGAGCCCCGAGCCGUUCGAGAGGCUAGCGCCCUGGGCCAGCCGGGGCUCCCGGGGCGCCGCGGCCGGCUACACGCGGUACCGGAACCCGCUGCUGGAGUUCGCGGCGCGACAGCCGCGCGCUCGGUCGAAGCGCCAGUCGGAGGCGAACGCCGUGUCGAUCUGCCCGACGCGCUCGCAGUUCGUCUCGCCGAGGGCCGCGCUCAACAACCAGGGCAACUGGAUGUACGUGGUGAACCUCGAGGAGCAGUCGCAGCACCACUCGCAGCACCACUCGCAGCUGGUCAAGAGCGAGCUCUGCGUGAGCGACACGUGCGACGGCCUGUGCUCGCUGCCGCUGGGCUACACGAGCAGAUGUCAGCAGCAGUACGUGCAGAAGCGGUUGGUGGCCCUGGGCGGCGGCGGCGACCGCCUCUACACCGACGUCUUCUGGUUCCCGCACGGCUGCAUGUGCCAGGUCUCGCUGGAGUACUGACGAGGCCGCGUGUCACUUGCAGCUCACUUAUCGACUCUAGUAGCUAAGCAUUGCAACGAGGUGUUUGUGUACCGACCGCUGUAAUUUAUUUCAUAUUGGCUGCCCCUAUUCUGUUGUUUUCAAUAAAUCGUAA